AUGCAGACGAAAUCCUGGGCACUGGCUACGGCCCUUGUCCUCAGUUUGUCGGGAGUUUCCGCCGAGAAGCCUCGUAUCUAUUUUCCGCGUCAGGUCCAGCGCCAAUUCGACAAUGUCACCAGCAGCGCUGAGCCUACCACAACUCGCGGCGGCCUCCUCGACCCCAUCUUGGACCCUAGCCUAAGUGAUGGCGACUCGACGGCCACCGAGGACGCGACUCAGACCGAUAACGAAGAUGAUGGCAUCCUGAUCGGACCAACUGGUAUCAUCAACCUCCCGGGGCUCAUUGGCGACGAGACCACAUCAUCGACACCCACCCGCAGUCCCACUGUGGCCAAGACAACCUCAGACGUGGCGGAUGAGACAACGUCGGACGACAAAACCAGCGUGACGAAGACUGCUGACAACUCUGAUUCCACCAAGGAAGAGUCCGAGAGUGAGAAGACAGCGGAACCCACGUCUACCACGGACGGCCUUCUCGACCCUAUCCUCGACCCCAUUCUUGGCGACGAGUCGACCACGCAGUCCAGCGCCACCGAGUCAGAAGAGUCUUCCGGAACCGCUUCAGCUGAGCCCACUGCAACUGCGACUGCGACAGCAACUGGCGAUGAGGACGAGGUGACUGAGGUCCCCUCUUCCACCCAGGGCGGCCUGCUUGAUCCCGUCGAGACGUUGAUCAGCGACAUUGCGGGACCUGGCGAUUCUUCCACUACCGUUGACCCGAGUACCAAUGCUACCGAGCCCACUCAGCCAGGGGGCGAUGAAAUCUCGGAGGCAACGGAGGUCCCCACUCAGCUUCCCGCGACGACCCAGGACGGUCUCCUGGACCCCGUUGAGACUCUGAUCAGCGAUAUUGUCGGUCCUGGCUCAUCCACAUCUUCCGCGCCCGUUGUCAGCGAGACCGACAAUGUCAGCCAACCGUCCUCUACCGGUGACGACGUCGUUAGCGAGAUCCUGCCUUCGCUGACACUGUUCCCCCCUGAGCCCACUACAUCUGCGCCCGUUGUCAGCGAGAUCGACACUGUCAGCCAGCCGUCCUCUACCGGUGACGACGUCGUUAGCGAGAUCCUGCCUUCGCUGACAUUGUUCCCACCUGAGCCUACUACAUCUGCACCCAGUGUCAGCGAGAUCGACACUGUCAGCCAGCCGUCCUCUACCGGUGACGAUGUCGUUAGCGAGAUCCUGCCUUCGCUGACACUGUUCCCACCUGAGCCUACCGCAACUGAUUCGGUGGCCACUGAUUCUGCUUCGGUUUCGGAAGAGCCUAAUGCUACCACGACAGGUACUCUCGUCCCUACUGAUGUCACUUUGCCUGUGCCUGGUGAUGGUACCACCAGUACCGCAUCAGGUGAGCCGACCGUCCCAACAGACCUCCCUGGCAACGGCACGGUCACAGAUCUGCCACCUUCGACGGAUGUUCCCACCGAUAUUUCUACUGAUGAGCCCACUGCUGAACCUUCUGCUGAGCCCACCAACAUACCUGACGAGUCCACUCUGGAGCCUCCCCCAAUCGGCAAUGCUACGCAGACGACCGUCGAGCUACCGCCUUCUGCACCUGGCUCAUCGCUGCCUACCCUUGUCCCCACCACUGAUGUCGAUGAGGAAACGCCCGCGUCGACACCUGCGUCUUUGGAGCCCGUGCAGCCUACGGAGAAGCCAACGACGUCUGUCGUUGAAGAGGAACCCACGGCUUCGGUGAUACCAACGGCUACGGAGGUCAAGGAUCCUGUUACCAGCAUCCAGCCUACGGCGACUUUCACCAACACCAACGACUGGCUCCCCACGACAAUUGUAGCCGAUCCUACUACCUUCAUCUACACUCGGCCAACCGAGGAGCCCACGGGCACAUCUACAAAGACCUUGCCCAACAACAUUCCCAAGAAGAUUCUUCCCAACAAUCCUGUCGAGGAGGCUCCCGAUGGCACCGUUCUCAUCAACAUUGGUUUCAAGUACCCGCUCAACUACAACCACGUUGCCAAGAACACGGUUGCCGCGGCGCAGAUUUUCCAACUGCUUCCCUCGGCUCUGUCGACAGCUGGCAAGGUCAAGUCGGAUAAGGUCUACGUGUCUAUGCUGGUGCCGUACGACACGCGUGACAAGUGGGGAUUCGUCACCACCCUUGCCAAGGUCUAUUACCCUGAAUCUCUUCUCGACCAGCUCAGGAUGGACAUUGACGAUCCCAACUCGCUUGUGUACAACACCGACAAGGUCGUGGUUAAUGAGCUGACAGCCGACAUUGAGCCCCGCAUCGACUUCUUCGGUAACAUGACCGGGGAUGACGACGAAGACAGCCAGACCCAGCAAACGGGCUCGAACUCGGACGACGACGACAGCAACAACAACACCAUCGACUCCGGUGACAACAACACGAGCACCGGGUCUUCCAAGGAUCAGGCUACCACUGCCGGUAUCGCUGUUGGUGCUUUUGGUCUUGCGGCCCUGUACGGUGGAGCCAUGUUCAUUGUUGCCCGCCGUUACAAGCGCAAGCGUCAAGGUCACCGCCGUACGAGUUCUGUCACUGGCAGUGACGCCUCCUCUGACAUGCAGUACACCCGCAAUGGCAGCCCUGCUAUGAUGGGUGGUGCUCUCAUGAGCCAGGAUAUGUCUCACUACGGCGCCGCUGGCCAACGCGAACGUGACAGCCACGGUAGUGGUCCUUCUGCGCGCACCGCCAACAUCUCGGCGCCCGUCGCCACGGAAAACUCGCUCGGCUGGAACUAG